UACCCAUUUCCAGUUAUCCCAGUCUCCAGUCUACUGCUGGCCACUGUUGUCGGUUCAAAAUUUAGUUGAGCACAGCCACAGCCAUGAUCAGAUCAAUGUCUUGCCUGUUGGUGGCCUCUCUAUUAGCCGUUACCGUCUCCUCGGCGACGACGUCAACUCAAACUGGAGCGGACCUCGUCUCCGUCAUUCUUGCGUCUAUCAAAGGCCGAAAUGAAAUGGAUAGCGUCGCCAGGUACUUGGAAAUGUCUCGUGACGCAUUGGCCAAAGAAUUGCCUCUGGAAAGUUCAGGCCGCAAAUUGAGUUACACUUUCUUUGCACCGACGUCGUUUGCCUUCACGAUGCAAAUGCCACUAGACGCGGUCGAUCCGCUCGUCGUGGACGAAAGUCUCCGCAACAAGGUCCUGACUCGCCACUUUGCACGGCAACGUGUCUCGUCCGACGAUUUGUCUAAAUUGGACAAACUCGUCAUGGCCGAUGCCAAAGAAGCUGCCCUCACCCGCACUGCUGACACGAAAACCAAUCGGAUCAACAAUGCGGAAAUUCAGCCGGGAGCCAUUCAACUGUCCAAUAAUUUGGGCACCGUCUAUUUUGUCGAUCGAGUGUUUAUGACCGGCGAGGAAGUCGGCGAGGCCAUCAGAGCCCAUUCCGUGAAAAAUCCCAAUUCCGGUUUCGGCCUUUUUGGCGUGCCUCCACCUCCCGAUGCCCCCGUAUUCCUCCCUAGGCAAUGAGCAAUCAGAUUUCUCAUUACGUAUACGUUACGUACUCCAGCACUCCGUCGUACUGUAUUGUUCACGUUUUUAUUGUUUCCUCUCUGUCGCUUCAGUCCAUUGCUCCCCAUCACAUUCGCAACAAUGGAGCAAAUUGCCCUUUUUUUCCAAAAUACACUUGAUAAUGCGACACACGGA